CAUGAACUUAGGACAUAAGGAAACGGGAAUUCACCAUUUCUUUUGCUGAAGAAAGAGGGCACUAGUGUACAGCCCAGAUCGCAUCCUUGCACCGUCUGGAUUAGAGCUGAGGCGUCUGCGAACCGAGCUUGGCCGCGGUACUCUGGCCCGGGGACCACAGCGCUGUCUACCCGGACUCAGGUCCGUCUCAAGUCCAAAUUCUCCAAGCAGACCCAGCGUCCAGCUCACCACAGCCACCACGACUCCCAUGGUACCAUUGGUCAGUUUACCUGGAUGCACCAGUGAAGAAGGGGGACUCGAAUUCCCCUAGGGACGCCGCCAGGGCGUAAAGGUGGUCGUGGAGGACCAGGAGGAGGAGGAGGAGGGGAAGGAGGCGGGGGUGCAGAAGCUCAAGUCGUCGGACGAGCGGCAUUGGCGAGGGGGGAGAAGCAGGCGUCAGGCGUCGGGUCCGCACUGUGAGCGCGCAGAGCCUGCUGGCUGGACCAGCGUGGGAACGCGGCUGGCCGGCUGUGGACGGCGUCCUCAGCAUAAUGGUCCGGCUCCUCUUGGUUUUCUUCCCAGCUGUCUUUUUGGAGAUGUCCCUUCUCCCCAGAGGCCCCGGCAGGAAACUGUUGCUGGCAGGAGCCUCGUCUCAGCGCUCAGUGGCCAGAAUGGACGGAGAUGUCAUCAUUGGGGCCCUCUUUUCAGUCCACCACCAGCCUCCGGCCGAGAAGGUCCCCGAGAGGAAGUGUGGGGAGAUCAGGGAGCAGUAUGGCAUCCAGAGGGUGGAGGCCAUGUUCCACACGUUGGAUAAGAUCAACGCGGACCCGGUCCUUCUGCCCAACAUCACCCUGGGCAGUGAGAUCCGAGAUUCCUGCUGGCACUCCUCUGUGGCUCUGGAGCAGAGCAUUGAGUUCAUCAGGGACUCUCUGAUUUCCAUGCGAGACGAGAAGGACGGGCUCAACCGGUGCCUGCCUGACGGCCAGACCCUCCCCCCAGGCAGGACUAAGAAGCCCAUUGCCGGCGUGAUCGGCCCGGGCUCCAGCUCCGUAGCCAUUCAAGUGCAGAACCUGCUCCAGCUCUUCGACAUCCCCCAGAUCGCAUAUUCCGCCACAAGCAUCGACCUGAGUGACAAAACUUUGUACAAAUACUUCCUGAGGGUUGUCCCUUCUGACACUUUGCAGGCAAGGGCGAUGCUUGACAUAGUCAAGCGUUACAAUUGGACCUAUGUCUCCGCAGUCCACACGGAAGGGAAUUACGGGGAGAGCGGAAUGGAUGCUUUCAAAGAGCUGGCUGCCCAGGAAGGCCUCUGCAUCGCCCAUUCAGACAAAAUCUACAGCAAUGCUGGGGAGAAGAGCUUUGACCGACUCCUGCGCAAGCUCCGAGAGCGGCUUCCCAAGGCCAGAGUGGUGGUUUGCUUCUGCGAAGGCAUGACCGUCAGAGGCCUUCUGAGUGCCAUGCGGCGCCUGGGAGUCAUGGGCGAGUUCUCCCUCAUAGGAAGUGAUGGCUGGGCAGACAGAGAUGAAGUCAUUGAAGGUUAUGAGGUGGAAGCCAACGGGGGAAUCACGAUAAAGCUGCAGUCUCCAGAGGUCAGGUCCUUUGAUGAUUAUUUCCUGAAACUGAGGCUGGACACUAAUACGCGGAAUCCCUGGUUCCCUGAGUUCUGGCAACAUCGGUUCCAGUGCCGCUUACCAGGACACAUUCUGGAAAAUCCCAACUUUAAAAGAAUCUGCACAGGCAAUGAAAGCUUAGAAGAAAACUAUGUCCAGGACAGUAAGAUGGGGUUUGUCAUCAACGCCAUCUAUGCCAUGGCACAUGGGCUACAGAACAUGCACCACGCCCUCUGCCCUGGCCAUGUGGGCCUCUGUGAUGCCAUGAAGCCCAUCGAUGGCAGCAAACUCCUGGACUUCCUCAUCAAGUCCACGUUCAUCGGUGUGUCUGGAGAGGAGGUGUGGUUUGAUGAGAAAGGGGAUGCUCCUGGAAGGUAUGAUAUCAUGAAUCUGCAGUACACUGAAGCUGAUCGCUAUGACUAUGUACAUGUUGGAACUUGGCAUGAAGGGGUGCUGAACAUUGAUGAUUACAAAAUCCAAAUGAACAAGAGUGGAAUGGUACGGUCUGUGUGCAGUGAGCCUUGCUUAAAGGGUCAAAUUAAGGUCAUACGGAAAGGAGAAGUCAGUUGCUGCUGGAUUUGCACUGCCUGCAAAGAGAAUGAAUAUGUGCAAGACGAAUUCACCUGCAAAGCUUGUGACUUGGGCUGGUGGCCCAAUGCAGAUCUAACAGGCUGUGAACCCAUUCCUGUCCGCUAUCUGGAAUGGAGCAACAUAGAAUCCAUCAUAGCCAUUGCCUUUUCCUGCCUGGGCAUCCUCGUUACCUUGUUUGUUACCCUUAUCUUCGUGCUGUACCGGGAUACACCAGUGGUCAAAUCCUCUAGUCGGGAGCUCUGCUACAUUAUUCUAGCUGGAAUCUUCCUCGGUUACGUGUGCCCUUUCACUCUCAUUGCCAAACCUACUACCACAUCCUGCUACCUCCAGCGCCUCCUGGUCGGCCUCUCCUCUGCCAUGUGCUACUCUGCUUUAGUGACCAAAACCAAUCGCAUUGCACGCAUCCUGGCUGGCAGCAAGAAGAAGAUCUGCACCCGCAAGCCCAGGUUUAUGAGUGCCUGGGCCCAGGUGAUCAUUGCCUCAAUUCUAAUUAGUGUGCAGCUAACUUUGGUGGUAACCCUGAUCAUCAUGGAGCCCCCCAUGCCCAUUCUGUCCUACCCAAGCAUCAAAGAAGUCUACCUUAUCUGCAAUACCAGCAACUUGGGUGUGGUGGCCCCUUUGGGCUACAACGGACUCCUCAUCAUGAGCUGUACCUACUAUGCCUUCAAGACCCGCAAUGUGCCCGCCAACUUCAAUGAGGCCAAAUAUAUCGCCUUCACCAUGUACACCACCUGCAUCAUUUGGCUGGCUUUUGUGCCCAUUUACUUUGGGAGCAACUACAAGAUCAUUACUACCUGCUUUGCAGUGAGCCUCAGUGUAACGGUGGCCCUGGGGUGCAUGUUCACUCCCAAGAUGUACAUCAUCAUUGCCAAGCCCGAGAGGAAUGUACGCAGUGCCUUCACCACCUCGGAUGUAGUCCGCAUGCACGUGGGCGAUGGCAAGCUGCCCUGCCGCUCCAACACUUUCCUCAACAUCUUCCGAAGAAAGAAACCAGGGGCAGGGAAUGCCAAUUUUAAUGGCAAGUCUGUGUCAUGGUCUGAACCAAGUGGAAGACAGGUGCCCAAGGGACAGCACAUGUGGCACCGCCUCUCUGUGCACGUGAAGACCAAUGAGACGGCCUGCAACCAAACAGCCAUCAUCAAACCCCUCACUAAAAGUUACCAAGGCUCCGGCAAGAGCCUGACCUUUUCCGAUACCAGCACCAAGACCCUUUACAACGUGGAGGAGGAGGAUGCCCGGCCGAUCGGCUUCAGCCCGCCCAGCAGUCCUUCUAUGGUGGUGCACCGACGCGUGCCGGCCGCGGUGAGCACCCCGCCUCUGCCGCCCCGCCUGACCGCGGAGGAGACCCCCCUCUUCCUGGCCGACCCGGCCGUCCCCAGGGGCUUGCCCCCUCCCCUCCAGCAGCCGCCGCCGCCGCCCGCGCAGAAAUCCCUCAUGGACCAGCUGCAGGGAGUGGUCAGCAAUUUCAGCGCCGGGCUCCCGGAUUUCAACUCGGUGCUCGCGGUGCCCGGGGCUCCGGCGAACGGGCUGCGGCCCCUGUUCCCGCCCCCGGCGCCGCCGCAGCCCCUGCAGCUGCUGCCGCUGCAGCUGAGCACCUUCGGGGAGGAGCCCGUCUCCCCGUCGGCCGACGACGACGACGAGGACGACAGCGAGAGGUUCAGGCUCCUGCAGGAGUACCUGUACGAGCGGGAAGGGAACACGGAGGAGGACGAGCUGGAGGAGGGGGAGGAGGAGGAGCUGCAGGCGGCCAGCAGACCAACCCCAGAGGAUUCGCCCGCCCUGACGCCUCCGUCCCCCUUCCGCGACUCGGUGGCCUCGGGCAGCUCGGCGCCCAGCUCCCCCGUGUCCGAGUCGGUGCCCUGCAGCCCUCCCAGCGUGACCUACGCCUCUGUCAUCCUGAGGGAUUAUACGCAAAGCUCUUCCACCCUGUAGGGAGGAGGUGUCCGCAGGGAAAAGCAGGCGUGGUCAGGGCGCGCCAGCACCUCCGGAGACUUGCAGGAAGCUGGGGGAGAAGCGGGGGCUGGAGGUGAAGUCAGGAGCAAGGAAGAGACCGCGGCUGCCGUCUUAGAAAGGCCAGCGCCAGAGGCGCUGGACCCCGCAAGCAAAAAAGGGAUCCAGGCGAAGAUUCUGAUUCUUGAAUUAUUCAAAAGCCUUCUCUGGGAAGAAAGGGAAUUCUGACAAAGCACAAUCCCAUAUAGUAUGUAACUGUAAUCGCAAAAAUGAACAAAGUCAACCAACAUCAUCUCUUCGGACCAUUGUGCAUAGAUACGCAUGCCCACACCCUUGGCCCGUGUGGAAGGGGACAGCCUGGGAGGACCGCCCAGUUGAAUCAUUAGCUCGUCAUCAUGGUAUUCCCAGCGAGCAUGGUGGAGUCAGGCAGAGCAGGUGGGCGAAGGAGGGGCAGGCGUGGAACCACCCAGAGAACAGUGAUGGACAGCAGCUCAUUUCCCUCAAGCCCUUCUCCCUGCUGGGCCCGCAGACCCCUGGUCUUCGGGACACUCGGGAGCUGGCCCAGAAAGGGGCCUCUGUUCGCCGACUGCACCCCAUCCAGUGCCAGCCUUGCUGUCACACUCGGAGAAAGGUGUGUGGAUGCCUUGCUGCUUUGUCAUCUCCCUCUAUUUAGAAAACAGGAAUAAGAGCAAAAUUAUCACCAAAAAGCGUUUCAUCAGGAGUGCUAGGGGAGGGCGGAACGAGAAGGAAGACAGUGCAUAAGCUUGGGGCUUUGAACAAAAUCAGUCAGCAAACAUCAGCUUCCCAUAUCUGACGCUCGCUUAUUGGUGAUGUCAGAAGAAGUCCAGACAAGAGACUGUUUUGAGAGUGGCAGAAGACUUUUUGUGGAUUUACUUGUGUGCCAAGGGGGCUCUCCUUUGCCCUUAUGUGAAAGAGAACAAACCGUGUGGCAAAAUUGUUACCUUCCAUUUACUGUAGCAAAUAAUACUUACCAGUUGAACUUCUAAGAUGCAGUAUGUGUAUUUGGUGCCAUUGUUUCUCCUAUGUGCUACGGAAACAAAUCCAUCUUUGAACUUAAUGGUGUACUCAUAGCAACUAUUAUUGGUUUAAAUGACAAAUAAUUCUUUCUAAUUGUCACUGAAGUCCCUGUAACUAGCAAGUGAAUGUGUUUCGGGGUCCUUAUAUACCUGUGAUAAUGAAAUUUGUGCAAAGUAAUGUCAAUCGAACUGCAACGAGAAGAUUGUCUUCCGAUAUAGUGUAGAUAUAUUUAUGUUCCAAAUAACGUUUUAUAUACCAUUGCCAUCAGUAUUUACAGGAGCUCUUUGAAGGUUUGACUGCUCUGGUCCAAUGGUUUUCAUAUGCUGCUCAGAUGGUCCCUCUUCUUCUAAGAGGGAACUUAUUUUUCAGAUAUUUUAUGAUGUGGAAAUAUAUUAUUAAUGAAGUGGUUUGAAAAUUUGUUAUACUAAAAGUUCGCGAAAACUGUGGGUAACAAUAAAAAGGUACAUUUUAUAAACUUGCACACAUCAUUAUUAAAACAUAAGAUUGAAAUGGCAGUAUUUACAUUAUUUCAGGUUUCUUUAGGGUUUGUUUGUUUGUUUUCUUAAUUUUCCACAGCUUCUUGAGCUUUAUGUGCUUAAAGUAUGUACUAACUUCUAACUCUGGUCAUGAUUUCCCAAAUUAUUUAUUCAUCACUUUUUGAUCUCUUUUAAUUUUUAUUUCCACAUUCUUUUAUUCCUGUAUUUUCACUCAUAACUUUUUUUAUUUUUGUUAUUUGCAGUGUAUACUAUCCACAUACAUGUAAUCCAGUUGUUUCAUUUUUGCUCCCCUUUUUUCUCCCCAGUAAAAGAGAUUUUUUUGCUGUUUUGAUUUCUUGUAUUACUUGGGAAUGAAUCUUAUCCCCUUAAGUAUCUUUGUUUAUGCCUUAUGUUCAGUCGUGUUUAGUAUGCUUCCUUCAUGUUGAAGCUGCUGAUUUCUCAGCCAAAAUGUAUCUUAGACUCUUUAAAUACUCACUGCAUCAUUUGUUCAGAAUUUAACAUCCACUCCAAUGUUUGAGGCUCAUAUUUCUUAUGUCUUUCCAUAUUCUACUGCCAAGUUUAGUCAAUUUUAUAUCAAGAAUAGACUGUCUUUCCUUUUAAAAAAUUACUUUAUUACACCUUUGGUAGAAAGACCUCAUGACUGAAACAUGGAUUUCAGUUCCAUAUUUUCACUGUCAUGAAGCAGAAUGAGGAAAAUGGGUGGUUCCAAUGCUUAAUAUAUGGUCCACUAAUUGGCAAACUAGCAAGGGAAAGUUUACUAUCUAUUAUUAAUGAAACAGGUUUCUUAUCUUAAUGCCACUGACAUAUGUUCUUAAGAUCAGGACUUGUGCUUUCAGAUACUUUAAAGUAAGACUAGAUCAGGAAAACUGCUUCUACAAUUCAAAUACUAUGUCAGUUUGUCCUGAGGUUUUAGUCUGAGACGUUGGGUGAACACAUUCAACACCAGUCACAUUAUUACUCUGAAUGCCUACUAUUAUCAUGAUUAAAAGUUUUCCUGAAUACAAUAGAGUACUAGCUCUUAAAUUAUAAUUGUUCAAAAUUGGAAAUGUACACAUACAUACUCUAUAAGAAAAGGACAGAAACUUUCCACCUUAAUGUAUGUGCUUAUACAAAUUGUAUAGCUCUUGUAAAAGUGUUUUCCUUUGGCUUGUUAACUGUCUGUUGUCAAAUAAUCUUGAUACUGCUGUAUAAUAAAU